AUGUACGAAACCAGCCGCCUCCGCCUCCGUGCACAUACACCCGACGAUAUACCACGCCUACUCUCUCUUUAUCAUGAUCCAGAAACUAAUCGUCUCAUGUCCAACGCUUACAACUUCCCCAUGACUCGCAAGACGCUCGAAGACGUUAUUUUCGCUGUCGACGCGGGUAACAAGCUCGCAGUCAUCAUCGAGCACAAAGAAUCCGGUGCCUUCAUGGGUUCACUCACGAUGACCAUCCAAAACUCAAAGAACCGAGAUGGAGUGGUUGGUAUCGCUCUGGGAAAGGACUGGAGGAGUAAUGGGUACGGAACGGAGGUGUUGACGUGGUUGCUCGGUUUUGCGUUCAAAGAGUUAGGGCUGCAUAGGGUUUCAUUGCAAGUCUUUGCGAUAAAUGAGGCGGCCUAUACCGUCUACGAAAAAAUUGGGUUCAUAGAAGAAGGUAGAAUGCGAAAGUGUAACUGGGUAGGUGGCAAGUGGGACGAUAUUAUCCUCAUGAGUAUUUUGGAUGACGAGUGGGACAUAGGGUCUGGGAGGCGAAAGGAUGAUACCUGA